CUCGCGGGCUGCCAACAUGCCUCUAGCCAGAGAUUUGCUGCACCCCUCCUUGGAGGAGGAAAAGAAGAAGCAUAAAAAGAAAUGGCCGGUUCAGAGUCCAAACUCUUGCUUUAUGGAUGUAAAACAUCCAGGUUGCUACAAGAUCACCACUGUGUUCAGCCAUGCCCAGACAGUGGUUCUCUGUGUGGGCUGCUGCACUGCGCUGGGCCAACCCAUGGGAGGGAAGGCCUGGCUCCCAGAAAGCCUUUCCUUUAGAAGAAAGCAACAUUAGUGACCCAUGCAAAUCCCUGGAUUUGUGGUUUUUCACAGAAAGCCUUAUCAUAAGUUCAGAUAUUCUGGUGAAUCUACUAAGAUAAUGGAAUUUUGUUUGACUUUAUAAGGUAUUCAAGUUAUCCCCUAUUUUGAUGUCAGUUUUUCGGUAAAGUUUUGAUUAUGGGCAAAAAAAUAA